AACGCUGCAGUAAGUAGCAGCGCGCCGCCAAGCAAACCCAUAACCUGGCUGGUCGUCUAGUAAUGGACGCGGCAGAAAAAAAUAUGAUCACCGGUAAGGCGAUUAAUGGCGACCAAAAGCUGGACUCAUGUGGGGCACCAGUGAAUGGUGACCCCUCUGUCCAAGUCAGAAUAAUGCAAGUUCCAGCCAAAUGUGGGCCCAUCACUGCCGUGAAACCUUCACCUUCUGCUGCUAGUAACUCCUCACAGAGUGAAUCUGUUGCUGGUACCGGCCCACAUAAAGUUAUCUCCAAUAUUCAGGGGUACCAGCCAGCAUCCUCUUCUGUUCCAGGGCCUCUUACUACUUCAUCUGUCAUGGUGUUUGGAAAGACAACAAACCCAGGAGGAGUGGGUUUCACCAGCCAGCAAGUAGCUGUGAGUCAGGUUCCCUCCAUAAGUCAGGUCACUACACCAGGAAGGACAGUGGUGAUAACUGUGCCCAGAUCAGCAGUUCCACAGCCAGCCGCCCCAGCGCUGCCACAGGCUGCUUCCCAGCAGCUACCCUCUAAUAUCCAGAUACCACCAGGUAUGAUGCUGAUCCGCAGUGAUGGUGGUCAGCUGAUGUUGGUGACUCAGCAGGCUUUGACACAGGCUCAACUGGGAUCAAGAAUUGUCAGUAGUCAAGCACCCAAAACACCAAUCCAGCAGGUUGACAUGUCUGGAAUUCAGGUAUCGACAGCUGUUGGAAAUAAAAAUACUGAGAAGGUAACAGUGAUCAGGAUGGCAACCACAUCUACUUGCCAGCCAGGACCAGUCCAGAAGACAGCUGUGGUGAUUGGUGUUACUCCCAAAUCAGCUGUACCCCAGAACCUUAGUUCUGUGUCUGAACAGGGGAGCCAUGCUCGCACUCAGGCUGCCCCAACAGACACCAAAAGGCAGCCACCAAGGACGUUUAGUCAGGAGACUCUGGAAAGUGUGAAAAAGUGUAAGAACUUCCUGAUAACUCUGAUUAAGCUGGCCUCCAGUGACUCCAGGUCUGCCAGCAUGGCAAACAACGUUAGAGGACUGGUCCGGAGUCUGCUGGAAGGGAGGAUGGAAGCAGAGGAGUUUACAGAGCAGCUCUAUGAUGAGUUGAAGUCAACUCCACAGCCCUGUUUGGUGCCUUUUCUCAAGAAAAGUCUUCCCGCGGUCCGUUCACUUACUGCAGAUCCCCAGUUAUUCAUCCAGCAGGCUUCAAUUUCUACCUGCAACCAAACAACUCAGUCUUCCAGCACAAAGCAGUCCAUCUCCAGUGCAGGACAAAUCAUCAAGACAAGUCAACAGGGUAUCCAGCAUGCAGAGGGAGUGGCUGUAAGACCUGGGUUGAUGACAUUGGCCCAGUCCAGAAAUUACAUAUCUAAGAGAGGCGGACUCAUGCCAAGAUACACACUAGUCCAAUCAGGAAAACACAUCUCAGGAUCUUUUUCCAUGGAACAAACUGUUGCCAAGGAUCCACCUCAUUCUACCAAAUUUGCAUUCAAAGAAAAUUCAGGAUCUUGCAAAGACGACGAUGAUAUUAAUGAUGUAGCUUCCAUGGCUGGAGUCAACCUUAGAGAGGAGAAUGCUCAGAUUCUGACAACCACUGUGGGCUCUGUGGUGCAGUCAUGCCAGGAUCAGUUGUUCCUUUCACCACAGCCAAUGCGCAUCCGAAUACUUCACGCAGGACAGGCACUGGGAGUGACUGAUGUUGGUCCAGAGGUGGUAGCUUUGGUUUCUCAUGCUACUCAGGAGUGUCUGCGUGGGCUGUUAGAGAAACUGACUGUAAUAGCAGAACACGGCAAAGCAACCCUGAAGGAGGAUCAGUGGCAUACCAAAGUGAGUGAUGUCCGCUCUCAGCUUCGCUUCCUGGAGGAAAUUGAGAUGUUAAAGAAGAAAAGAAAAGAUGAAGAGGAGAGAUACACACUAAUGCGUUUGGCCAAGAGUCGCUCACACACUGAGGAUCCACAGCUUCAGCAGCUCAAGCAAAGGGCUAGAGAGUUGCAACAAAUAGAAGCAGCUCAGUUGCAGCAAAGAGAGGCUAACAUCACUGCUCUGGCUGCCAUUGGGCCUCGCAAAAAGAGACCCUUGGAUCAGAUGGAAAGUCAGGUGUCUCUGCUGCCCAGACAGGAUGUUAGGAAAGUGACCCGAGUGAUGCUGAAGGAUCUGCUGGUGUGUAUGGAGCAGGAACCCUUCCUGCGUCACUCUCUCAUCCUCUACAAAGCAAUGUUGUCAUUGGUGUAACUUAACGACUAAAUCGGUCUAAUUAUAAUCAAUAGUUUGUUCUAAAUGAUCUUGAAUGUUGGGAUGUUUUCAUCUGUUUUCUCCUCAUUUUGCUGAACUUUGUUCUGGUUACAUGAUCUUUUUGUUAGUUGAUGGGAAGUAGCAGUAAUGCUGGAUCAGUUAUGUUACUUUUGGUUUUUCAGUUAAUAUAUUUGGGUGGAAAAAGGUUAUAAUAGUCAUGUUUUGUUAAGAGUUGAAAAAGUACAGUUCCAACUUGAGUUUGAGUUUCUUAUUUAUUUAUUUGUUUGUUUAAUAUUUCAUUAUUAAACUUA